AUGUCGUUUGAUAGACUCAUUCGAUUUAUCGAUCAAAAUGGCGCGACACAGUAUGGUAACCUUGAUCAAGAGGUCGACGUGAAGGCCAUUGAAGGUUCAGAAGUUCAACUGGUUUCCGGUGAUCUAGAAUCCGGGUUCCAGAUAUCGUCUCAGAAGGCGGUAGUGCACCAACUGCUUAAUCCUCUCGGCACCACCCCGCUAGUACUCUGUGCCGGUGUGAACUAUCACUCUCACUCUCGUGAGACGAAGUUCACCCCGCCCAAGAAGCCCGUGGUGUUCGCCACACCUCCAGACCGACUUGCAGGACCUCUCGAGGACAUCCCCAUCCCUCCAGAUGCACAGAGCUUGCUAGACUACGAGGGCGAACUGAUCCUCGUCAUCGGCAAAGACGGGAUCAACAUCCCCGAAGACCAGGCCCUGGAUUACGUCCUGGGAUAUGUCGUCGGCAAUGACGUCUCGGCACGGUAUUACAACAAUCCAGACGUUUCGGGCUGGCAGAUGGGCUAUGCGAAGUCGUUUGACAAAUUCGGGCCCAUCGGACCCUAUUUAGUGUCGCCGAAGCUGAUUCCCGACCCGCAGAAUUUGCACCUGGUGACCAAGGUGAACGGGAGCGUCAGGCAGGAGGCGUCGACGUCGGAGAUGAUCUGGACGUGCAAGCAGCUCAUUGCGUUCUGCUCGAACGGGCGGACUCUGCGCCGUGGGACCGUUAUAAUGACGGGGACUCCGGAGGGCGUUGGGUGGCAUUCGAACGGGUGCUUGAAGGACGGCGAUGUAGUCAGUGUGACUAUCGAUGGGUUAGGCUCGAUACACAACAAGAUGGUCUUCUCCUAG